UCUUCUCAUAGUGGCUCAGUCCUCAGGACCAACAUGGGGACCGCAGGACUCCAAUCCACGUUAUGGCUCUGCUACCUGACACUGCUGGUCGGCUCACUCACUCAAACCGUAACCAUCGCUCCGUCUCUAAACACACUGAGUGUGAAUUCAGCUAACGCAUCUCACCUCGGCCGAGUGUGCACGACUUGGGGAAACUAUCACUGGAAGACCUUCGAUGGAAAUUUCUUCCAGAUGCCCUCCACCUGCAACCAUGUGGUGACCUCACAGUGCAAGAGCAACUAUGAAAAUUUCAACAUCCAGAUGAGGCGCACCACAGUCAAUGAUACCACCACCAUCAGCAACAUCAUCAUGAAGCUGGAAGGUUCUGUGGUGGAGCUCUCCAAAAGCUCAGUGAUUGUCAAUGGCAAGACGGCGUCUCUGCCAUUUGUCAUAUUCGGGGUGACUAUCAAGGGAACCGCAUCUAGCAUCAUGGUGGAUGCUAAGCUGGGCAUUAAAGCUAUCUGGAACCUGGAUGACUCCCUGGAUAUUGAACUCGAUAUCAAAUACCAGGGCCUGACAUGUGGACUCUGUGGAGAUUUUGACGGCAUAGCCAAUGAUUUAACGAGUGAGGGAGCGCCGCUGUCUGUGGAGAACUAUGGUGAAAUGUACAAGGUGAACGGGCCGACAGAGAGCUGUGAGGAGCCUGAGCUCAACCCGGUCUUAAGCUGCGGCAAUGAGGAUUUCUGUGACCAGAUUUUCUCCAGUGAUCCAUUCAGCAGUUGCCAAAACCGGCUGGAUGAGGAAUCCUUCAGUAACGCCUGUAUGGUUGACAUGUGCAACACCAAAAACAACACUGACUCCAUCCUCUGCAAAACCAUCUCAGAGUUCUCCAGACAGUGUGUCCAUGCGGGAGGCCAGCCCAAGCAAUGGAGGAAUAAAACGCUUUGCUAUAAGGAGUGUCCCUACAACAUGGAGUUCUUUGAGUGCAGCAGUUCAUGUCCUGACAGCUGCUCCACCCCUCAUGCCAGCCAGACAUGUGACAACCACUGUUACGACAGCUGCAGCUGCCCUGCAGGAACGGUCUUUGAUGACAUCAAUAAAAGUGGCUGUGUUGCAGUGGAUCAGUGUCCAUGUCUGCACAACAACAAAGUAUACACACCAGGAGAGUCUUACUCUCUCAACUGUAGAUCCUGUGUGUGCCAGAGUGGCCGGUGGACGUGUACAGAGGAGAACUGUCCAGGGACCUGCUCUGUGGAGGGAGGAGCUCACAUCAACACCUUCGACGGAAAAGUCUACACCUUCCACGGGGACUGCUCCUACGUUCUGGCUAAGCAAAAUAAUGGCUCCUUAUACACUGUGCUGGCUGACCUGGUCAAGUGUGGUCUGGGUGACAGUAGGACCUGCCUCAGAGCUGUAACUCUGGCCUUAUACAGCAACUCUGUGGUUGUUAAAAUUCAGGCAUCCGGCCAGGUCUAUGUGAACCAGAUUCUUUCUCAGCUUCCGCUGUUUACACCGGAGAUCAGUGCUUUUAAGCCAUCAUCCUUCUACAUCUUCAUCAGCGUCAAGGUGGGCUUAAAAGUGAUGGUCCAGCUGUCCCCUAUGAUGCAGGUCUUCAUUUUAGCUGACACUUCACUCAGAGGAACCACUUCUGGUUUGUGUGGAAACUUCAACAACAUAAUGACUGAUGACUUCAGGGUGAUGAGCGGGCUGGUGGAGGGCACCGCUACAGCGUUCGCCAACACAUGGAAAACCAGAGCCAGCUGCCCUGACAUCACAACACGCUUUGGGCACCCCUGUAGCCAGGGCAUCAGCAAGGAGAGCUACGCCCAGUACUGGUGCUCCAAACUAACAGAUCCCAAGGGAGUGUUUGCUCAAUGCCACGCUGUCAUUAGCCCCAGCGUAUACAAAGAUAACUGCUUGUAUGACACCUGUAACUGUGAGAAAAGUGAGGACUGCAUGUGUGCCGCAGUCUCCUCAUAUGUCUACGCCUGCUCAGCGGCAGGAAUCUAUCUCACUGGCUGGAGGGAGACCGUCUGCGGCAAGUUCAGUGAAUCAUGUCCAGCGGAGACAGUGUACGACUACGACAUGACCUCCUGCGGUCGUACCUGCCGCUCCCUCAGCCAGGUUGACUACUCCUGCCAGACCAACUUCACCACAGUGGACGGCUGCGGCUGUGCCAAAGGAACCUACAUGAAUGAGGAGGGGAAGUGUGUGUUCAGUGCAAGCUGUCCCUGCUAUGAUAAAGACACCAUAAUUCCUCCUGGAGAGGCUAUCAGCAAAGACGGCAGCACAUGUAUCUGCAGACAAGGCACUCUCAGCUGCUCAGGAUUGCAACAAACAGAACCUUCAUUAUCCUGCAUUCCCCCCAUGGUUUACUUCGACUGCUCCACUGCUCUACCCGGUACCACUGGAACCGAGUGUCAGAAGAGCUGUAGCACAAUUGACAUGGCCUGUAUCAGCACAGGCUGUACAUCGGGCUGCAUGUGCCCUCAAGGCCUGGUGUCAGAUGGAACAGGAGGCUGCAUCAACGAGACCAGCUGUCCAUGUCUGCACAAUGGACAUGUCUACCAGUCUGGACAGACACUGGUUGUGGGCUGCAACACCUGCUACUGCAGUGGAAGGAAGUUCACAUGUACCACCAAUGUGUGUGAUGAAGUUUGCGCGAUCUAUGGUGACGGUCACUACAUCACAUUUGAUGAUAAGCGGUUUGACUUCAGUGGACAGUGUGAAUACACACUCCUACAGGACUUCUGUGGCACCGAUCAGAGCAAAGGAACCUUCAGAAUUAUCACUGAGAAUGUCCCAUGUGGAACCACUGGGACCACCUGCUCCAAGACCAUCAAGAUCUUCCUGGGGGAUAAUGAAUUCCAACUUAAAGAUGAGAACUUCCACGUGGUAAAGGGCAGCAGCCAGGUGUUGCCUUCUCAGGUGCACAAGAUGGGUAUUUACCUGGUGGUGAUUAUCAAGCCGGGACUUGUGCUCAUGUGGGACCAGAAGACCAGUCUUUUCAUUAAACUCAGCCCGCUGUUCCAGAGUCAAGUCUGUGGUCUGUGUGGAAACUACGACGGCAACAGUAAAAAUGACUUCACCACACGCUCUCAGGAGACUGUGGCAGACGUUCUAGAAUUUGGUAACAGCUGGAAGGUUUCGUCCAGCUGCCCAAACGCCGAACUCAUCACCGAUCCCUGUUCCUCCAACCGCUACCGGGCAGCCUGGUCCCAGAAACAGUGUAGCAUCAUCACCAGUGCAACCUUCCAGAGCUGUCAUUCACAGGUUGAUCCUGGUCCAUACUUUGAUUCUUGUGUGAGAGACUCUUGUGCUUGUGACACUGGUGGGGACUGUGAGUGUCUCUGCACUGCUGUGGCUGCCUAUGCCAAAGCUUGUAAUGAAGCUGGGGCCUGCAUUAAAUGGAGAACUCCAAAGAUGUGCCCUAUUUUCUGUGACUACUAUAAUGCCCCUGAUGGCUGUGAGUGGCACUACAAGCCUUGUGGAGCUGACUGCAUGAAGACAUGUAGGAAUCCAUCAGGAAACUGUUCCAACCUCAUUACCGCCGUGGAAGGCUGCUAUCCACAGUGUCCCCCAACCAAGCCCUACUUUAAUGAAGACACCAUGAAGUGCGUUGCCCGGAACCAAUGUGGCUGCUAUGAUGACAAAGGCACGCAUUACGGCAUCGGGGAUAAGGCUCCAUCGGACAACUGUUACUCUUGCUCCUGUACAAUCUCAGGAAUAGAAUGCAGCUACAACGUGAACACUUGCACAUGCUUCGUUAACGGAAAGACCUACGAGUAUGGUGAAUCCAUUUACAACACAACAGAUGGUCUGGGAAGUUGCAUCACAGCUGAGUGUGGGGCCAAUGGGACCGUAAUCAGGACCACGUACCCAUGCGUAACUACAACCACCCUUGGCCCUACAACAACCCCGUUUACAUUCAGCACAGUUGGAAAAACCACUUCAGAACCAACAACAUUGCCAACAACAACAGAAAGGAUUGAGACAACAACAUCACAGGAAGUCACAACUAGUCCAGUAACGAUUUCUACCACAUCUGUUGAAACAACAACCUCAAGGCUAAGUGUCACAACAAGCCCACAAAUAACAUUUGUAACAUCAAAACCAUUUGUUACUGGUACGACCACGACAGUACCUCUGACAACAACAACUAAAGGGACAACAGAAAAACCUGUGGAAACCACCACAUCAGAAGAGACAACUGUAACGAUUUCAACAACAAAACCACCUACAGUAGUCACCACUGGCCCAGUUACGACCUCUACAACAGUUGUUGUUGAAACUACGACCCCAGUGCCAGUAAUCACAACGACAGGUCCAGAAACAACCGUUGUAACAUCAGCACCAUCUGUAAGUACCACAACAACUAAAGUACAACCAACAACAACUAAGGGGACAACAGCAAAACCUGUGGAAACCACCACAUCAGAAGAGACAACUGUAACGAUUUCCACAACAAAACCACCUACAGUAGUCACCACUGGCCCAGUUACGACCUCUACAACAGUUGUUGUUGAAACUACGACCCCAGUGCCAGUAAUCACAACGACAGGUCCAGAAACAACCGUUGUAACAUCAGCACCAUCUGUAAGUACCACAACAACUAAAGUACAACCAACAACAACUAAGGGAACAACAGCAAAACCUGUGGAAACCACCACAUCAGAAGAGACAACUGUAACGAUUUCAACAACAAAACCACCUACAGUAGUCACCACUGGCCCAGUUACGACCUCUACAACAGUUGUUGUUGAAACUACGACCCCAGUGCCAGUAAUCACAACGACAGGCCCAGAAACAACUGUUGUAACAUCAGCACCAUCUGUAAGUACCACAACAACUAAAGUACAACCAACAACAACUAAGGGGACAACAGCAAAACCUGUGGAAACCACCACAUCAGAAGAGACAACCGUAACGAUUUCAACAACAAAACCACCUACAGUAGUCACCACUGGCCCAGUUACGACCUCUACAACAGUUGUUGUUGAAACUACGACCCCAGUGCCAGUAAUCACAACGACAGGCCCAGAAACAACUGUUGUAACAUCAGCACCAUCUGUAAGUACCACAACAACUAAAGUACAACCAACAACAACUAAGGGAACAACAGCAAAACCUGUGGAAACCACCACAUCAGAAGAGACAACUGUAACGAUUUCAACAACAAAACCACCUACAGUAGUCACCACUGGCCCAGUUACGACCUCUACAACAGUUGUUGUUGAAACUACGACCCCAGUGCCAGUAAUCACAACGACAGGCCCAGAAACAACUGUUGUAACAUCAGCACCAUCUGUAAGUACCACAACAACUAAAGUAAAACCAACAACAACUAAGGGGACAACAGCAAAACCUGUGGAAACCACCACAUCAGAAGAGACAACCGUAACGAUUUCAACAACAAAACCACCUACAGUAGUCACCACUGGCCCAGUUACGACCUCUACAACAGUUGUUGUUGAAACUACAACCCCAGUGCCAGUAGUCACAACGACAGGCCCAGAAACAACCGUUGUAACAUCAGCACCAUCUGUAAGUACCACAACUACUAAAGUACAACCAACAACAACUAAGGGGACAACAGCAAAACCUGUGGAAACCACCACAUCAGAAGAGACAACUGUAACGAUUUCCACAACAAAACCACCUACAGUAGUCACCACUGGCCCAGUUACGACCUCUACAACAGUUGUUGUUGAAACUACGACCCCAGUGCCAGUAAUCACAACGACAGGUCCAGAAACAACCGUUGUAACAUCAGCACCAUCUGUAAGUACCACAACAACUAAAGUACAACCAACAACAACUAAGGGAACAACAGCAAAACCUGUGGAAACCACCACAUCAGAAGAGACAACUGUAACGAUUUCAACAACAAAACCACCUACAGUAGUCACCACUGGCCCAGUUACGACCUCUACAACAGUUGUUGUUGAAACUACGACCCCAGUGCCAGUAAUCACAACGACAGGCCCAGAAACAACUGUUGUAACAUCAGCACCAUCUGUAAGUACCACAACUACUAAAGUACAACCAACAACAACUAAGGGAACAACAGCAAAACCUGUGGAAACCACCACAUCAGAAGAGACAACUGUAACGAUUUCAACAACAAAACCACCUACAGUAGUCACCACUGGCCCAGUUACGACCUCUACAACAGUUGUUGUUGAAACUACGACCCCAGUGCCAGUAAUCACAACGACAGGUCCAGAAACAACCGUUGUAACAUCAGCACCAUCUGUAAGUACCACAACAACUAAAGUACAACCAACAACAACUAAGGGGACUACAGCAAAACCUGUGGAAACCACCACAUCAGAAGAGACAACUGUAACGAUUUCAACAACAAAACCACCUACAGUAGUCACCACUGGCCCAGUUACGACCUCUACAACAGUUGUUGUUGAAACUACGACCCCAGUGCCAGUAAUCACAACGACAGGCCCAGAAACAACCGUUGUAACAUCUGCACCAUCUGUAAGUACCACAACAACGAAAGUACAACCAACAACAACUAAGGGAACUACAGCAAAACCUGUGGAAACCACCACAUCAGAAGAGACAACAGUAACGAUUUCAACAACAAAACCACCUACAGUAGUCACCACUGGCCCACUUACAACCUCUACAACAGUUGUUGUUGAAACUACGACCCCAGUGCCAGUAAUCACAACGACAGGCCCAGAAACAACCGUUGUAACAUCUGCACCAUCUGUAAGUACCACAACAACUAAAGUACAACCAACAACAACUAAGGGGACUACAGCAAAACCUGUGGAAACCACCACAUCAGAAGAGACAACUGUAACGAUUUCCACAACAAAACCACCUACAGUAGUCACCACUGGCCCAGUUACGACCUCUACAACAGUUGUUGAAACUACGACCCCAGUGCCAGUAAUCACAACGACAGGCCCAGAAACAACCGUUGUAACAUCAGCACCAUCUGUAAGUACCACAACUACUAAAGUACAACCAACAACAACUAAGGGGACUACAGCAAAACCUGUGGAAACCACCACAUCAGAAGAGACAACUGUAACGAUUUCAACAACAAAACCACCUACAGUAGUCACCACUGGCCCAGUUACAACCUCUACAACCGCUGUUGUUGAAACUACAACCCCAGUGCCAGUAGUCACAACGACAGGCCCAGAAACAACCGUUGUAACAUCAGCACCAUCUGUAAGUACCACAACUACUAAAGUACAACCAACAACAACUAAGGGGACAACAGCAAAACCUGUGGAAACCACCACAUCAGAAGAGACAACUGUAACGAUUUCCACAACAAAACCACCUACAGUAGUCACCACUGGCCCAGUUACGACCUCUACAACAGUUGUUGUUGAAACUACGACCCCAGUGCCAGUAAUCACAACGACAGGUCUAGAAACAACCGUUAUAACAUCAGCACCAUCUGUAAGUACUACGACAACUAAAGUACAACCAACAACAACUAAGGGAACAACAGCAAAACCUGUGGAAACCACCACAUCAGAAGAGACAACUGUAACGAUUUCAACAACAAAACCACCUACAGUAGUCACCACUGGCCCAGUUACGACCUCUACAACAGUUGUUGUUGAAACUACGACCCCAGUGCCAGUAAUCACAACGACAGGCCCAGAAACAACCGUUGUAACAUCAGCACCAUCUGUAAGUACCACAACUACUAAAGUACAACCAACAACAACUAAGGGGACAACAGCAAAACCUGUGGAAACCACCACAUCAGAAGAGACAACUGUAACGAUUUCAACAACAAAACCACCUACAGUAGUCACCACUGGCCCAGUUACAACCUCUACAACAGUUGUUGUUGAAAGUACAACCCCAGUGCCAGUAAUCACAACGACAAGUACCAAAACAACAGUUGAAAUUGCCACAGGAAAGCCACUAACCACUAUAACUCCAAAUAUAAAUUCUGUUGUGACUUUGACUACAAGAACAACAGGCACUGCUAAGACUUCUAUUGGCCCAACAACACAGACACUUCCAGGCAGCACAACUGUUUACACAACUGGUGUAACCAAUACCGGACCAGUCACAACUACUAAAGUACAACCAACAACAACUAAGGGGACUACAGCAAAACCUGUGGAAACCACCACAUCAGAAGAGACAACAGUAACAAUUUCAACAACAAAACCACCUACAGUAGUCACCACUGGCCCAGUUACGACCUCUACAACAGUUGUUGUUGAAACUACGACCCCAGUGCCAGUAAUCACAACGACAGGCCCAGAAACAACCGUUGUAACAUCAGCACCAUCUGUAAGUACCACAACUACUAAAGUACAACCAACAACAACUAAGGGGACUACAGCCAAACCUGUGGAAACCACCACAUCAGAAGAGACAACAGUAACAAUUUCAACAACAAAAUCACCUACAGUAGUCACCACUGGCCCAGUUACAACCUCUACAACAGUUGUUGUUGAAACUACGACCCCAGUGCCAGUAGUCACAACGACAGGCCCAGAAACAACCGUUGUAACAUCAGCACCAUCUGUAAGUACCACAACUACUAAAGUACAACCAACAACAACUAAGGGAACAACAGCAAAACCUGUGGAAACCACCACAUCAGAAGAGACAACUGUAACGAUUUCAACAACAAAACCACCUACAGUAGUCACCACUGGCCCAGUUACAACCUUUACUUUGACCACAGGAACAACAGGUACUGCUACGACUUCUAUUGGCCCCAUAACACAGACACUUCCAGGCAGCACAACUGUUUACACAACUGGUGUAACCACUACCGGACCAGUCAGAACCACAGUUGUUCCCACAGUGUCACUGUUUACCACAACUUCAUCCGUGUGCCUCUGUACAGUUAAUCAAACAUCACAUCGUCCUGGGGAUAUGGUGUACAAUGUCACUGAUGGUUUAGGGUGGUGUUACGUUGCAUAUUGCAAUGCAUCUUGUAAAGUUGAGGUACACUCCAGUCCAUGUCCCACAACACCGAUACCCAGCACAACAACAAGUUCUACCACUGCGGUGUUCAGCACCACUACAAAGCCUAAAGUUUCAACCUCAGUUCCUCCUGUCACACCUAUUUCUACAUCUACUUCCACAUCAACAACCCCAACUACAACUACCCUGGACUGCAGUGACGUGAAUCCACCAAGGAAGAAUGGAGAAUCCUGGAAGACGGACAACUGCACCACUGCGACUUGCACCAAUGGCAUUGUCACAACGAAAUCUUGUCCCACAGUACAGCAACCCAUCUGUGCCAAUGGACGCAAAGUUGUCAAGGUCUACGAUGAUGACGGAUGUUGCUUCCACUAUGACUGUCAAUGUGUGUGCAGUGGAAUCGAUGGAUCACACUACAUAACAUUUGAUGGAAAAACAUACAGUUUCAGCAAGAACUGCUCUUACUACCUGGUCAAAGAGAUUAUUACUAAAUACAACCUGACUAUCAUAGUAAACAAACAUGACUGUGAUUCUUUAGGCACAUUCUGCCCCCAGGCCCUCAUUGUCACAUACAAAUCCUACAAGAUAGUUCUGACUCAGUUGAUGAUUUCGGGAAAUGCAACUAAUGUGGUAUAUGUGAAUCAAAACCGCAUCUAUCCCGCCUACAGCAAUUCUGACCUGAGCCUCACCAGCACAGAUAUGUUGAUCAGAUUGGAGAUACCAGAGAUCAGUACUACAGUGGUCUAUAGGGGCACCUCAUUCAGCAUUGACCUUCCUAACUCCCUCUUUGGUGGGAACACUGAGGGACAGUGUGGAACCUGUGACAACUCUCAGCCCAACGACUGCCGUUCUCCAAACGGCCAGGUGGAAAGCUGUGCAGACUCUGCAGGCCAGUGGCAUGUCCCAGGUACACCCUGUGUCACCCCCACAUUCCCACCAACUAGUACGCUAGGACCCAGUACCACCUCAAAACAACCAUACACAACAACCCCGCCCAUUUGCGAACCUGCCAUCUGUAAUCUCCUAACCAGCAGUGUAUUUGUCCCAUGCCACUCAAUCAUACCUCCGGAACCCUUUGUGAAAUCCUGUGCACACAACAUUUGCAAUGGCGGCAAUAACACUUGCUCCAGCCUGGAGGCCUACGCCACCGAGUGCUCUAACGCAGGAGUCUGUAUUGACUGGAGGAAUUCCACCAAUGGGCAAUGUGAGCACAUUUGUCCAAGCGACAAAGUGUACAUGGCCUGUGGCCCCUCUGUAGAGCCGACAUGCAAUGACAGAUACAACAAGAAGUUCCAGGCUGAUAGCGGUGCAUCCACUAACAACACUAAGGAGGGUUGCUUCUGUCCUCAAGGCUCCACCUUAUUCAACACCGUCUAUGACACGUGUGUCACCUCUUGCGAUUGUGUCGGACCUGAUGGGAAACCCAAACAGCCUGGUGACACAUGGACGAGUGGCUGCGACGAGUGCUUGUGUGACAAGGAUUCCAUGAGCAUCCGGUGUGAGCCUGUUGUGUGCCCACCGGUACAGAGCCCCAACUGCAGCGAGUCUGGCCAGCAGCUGGUCAACAAGACAGACGGCUGCUGCACAACAUCGUCAUGUGAAUGCAAUGUAACCCUGUGUCCCCCUCCUAAGACCUGCCCGGUGGGCUACGAACACAACAUCACGUAUGGCAUCUGCUGCCAGUCCUACACGUGUGUUCGUAAAGAUGUAUGUGUCUAUGACAUGAAAGAGUACAAGAUUGGUGCCAAGAUACCAACAUCACAAACAACAUCAGAACCACCAUUAGAAGAACCAGAAAUAUCAUUAAGAACAACAGCAGCACCAUCAGGAGCGGGACAACCAUCAGGAACAACAACAGCAUCAUCAGGAGCGGGACAACCAUCAGGAACAACAACAGCAUCAUCAGGAGCGGGACAACCAUCAGGAACAACAGCAGCAUCAUCAGGAGCGGGACAACCAUCAGGAACAACAACAGCAUCAUCAGGAGCGGGACAACCAUCAGGAACAACAACAGCAUCAUCAGGAGCGGGACAACCAUCAGGAACAGUAACAGCACCAUCAGGAGCGGGACAACCAUCAGGAGCGGGACAACCAUCAGGAACAACAACAGCUCCAUCAGGAGCGGGACAACCAUCAGGAACAACAACAGCACCAUCAGGAGCGGGACAACCAUCAGGAACAACAGCAGCACCAUCAGGAGCGGCACAACCAUCAGGAACAACAACAGCGCCAUCAGGAGCGGGACAACCAUCAGGAACAACAACAUCGCUAUCAGGAGCGGAGUCUUUUCAACCGGGGCCCUGCCAAGAGUGUUAUUGUGGCCCCAAAACUGAUGUCGUUACCAAGCUGCCCAUCAUUGUCUGCAAGCCCAUCGUCUGCAACACAAACUGCAACGAAGGUUAUGAAUAUCAGACUGUAGCUGGCAAGUGCUGCGGGACCUGUGUUCAGAACAAAUGUAUUUUCAGCGCACCUGACAACGCAACGCACAUCAUGGAGGUCAACACCACUUAUGUACUGCCGAGUGACAAGUGUGUGCAGUAUACCUGUGAGGAGAUCAAUGGACAGUAUGUUACCAAGGAGACCAAGACCACGUGUCCCCACUACCGUCCUGAGGACUGUGAACCUGGCACCGAGACAACUGACGCUAAUGGAUGCUGCAAAUCCUGCAAGAUACGGAACAUCUGUGAGGUCAAGAGUAAGCAGACGGUCAUCGAGGUGAACGGCUGUACGAGCGUGCAGUCCGUCAACCUGACGUUCUGUGACGGACAGUGCGGAAGCUCGUCCAUGUAUUCUGCAGCAGCUAACAUGAUGAUGCACCAGUGUGAGUGUUGCCAAGAGGCCACCACCAGUCAGAAGCAGGUGCAGCUGUCCUGCGCCGAUGGCUCCAAGGUCCAGCACAGCUACACCAUGGUGGAGACGUGCAGCUGCAACAAAGCAGAGUGUGUGGGGGGGACAACGUCCAAACCACAGCGCCGCAGGAGACGCUGAUUGACUACUUAGUGUUUGACACUGGACUGAAACCUUACAAACACUUAACCUUUUCAACCUUCUUAUUCUCAGAUUUUAUUAUUUAUAGCCCAACAUGAAACCUUUCUUCUACUUUAAAUUUCUUUGAUAAUUAUUAAAAUGAUAUCUCUGCAAUACGAA